AUGGAAAUCAAGCAAUCCCUCUCCGGCCAACCCAUCUCCCACCGGAACCUUGCUGCUAGAAACUAUUGUAGAAUCUCCGGCAUAACCUGUGACGAUGAUUGCCACCACAACGUCGUCGAGAUUGGCCUCUCUUCCAUGUCUUUAACAGACACCAUUCCCUCCACCCUCUACCUCUCACUGCCAAUGCUCAGAGUACUCAGACUGGGUUUCGACAACCUCCAUGGCGACCUCCAUGUUGACCUUCUUAACUGUUCUCAUCUACAGGAGCUCAACCUCACCAAUUCUGGCAUCGGAGGAACCAUCCCAAAUAUCUCCUCUCUCUACACUCUUCGUGUUCUAAAACUCUCAGCAAUUGCCUUUGUGUGGCAAUUUGCUUGUUGGUCGGAUUCCGACAACCAUUGGAAGGAUGAAGAACCUCUAGCUUUUGGAGCUUUACUACAGUUUUUUGAAGAUGAAAUACCAAAGGAACUUGGAAACCUACCUAAGCUCAUGCAUAUUGACUUGUCUGGGAAUAAGCUGACUGGUAUAGUACUUGUGAGCCUCUGUUUGCUGCAAAAGCUCAAGAAUUUUUUUUCAUUGAGAACUUCCUCCCACAUUGAGAAAGUUCUCAGAGUUGAAGGUGCUGGAGACUUCAGAGAAUCAAUUCCUUGCUUCAACCAAUUUGAAGAAAUUGUGAAAAAUUCUAUUGGAAAUGCAAAGAAUUUAACUUCAUUGAUCCUACAAAGCAAUCAGUUUUCCAGAGAUAUUUCAUUUGUGAUCUCUGAGGCUAACAAGUUAGUCAGGAUAGACCUUGGCAACAGUCUCUUCUCUGGUUCAAUUCCAUCUAAGAUUAGAUACCUAAGGAAACUGAGCCAGCUAUCCUUGCAGGGAAACAUGCUUGGUUCUACCAUUCCUGAGUCAAUUUCAAAUUUGAAGUCCCUCAAUGUGCUUAACCUCUCAAACAAUCUACUUACAAAAGAGAUACCCAAUAGCAUUUGUAGCCUGCUUCCAAUAUCUCUGGGCUUUUCAAACAAUCACCUUUUUGGUCCAAUUCUUGUACCCUUCAUCAAAGAAGGGUUAAUUGAGAGUAUCUAUGUCAAUCCAAAUCUCUGCAUUCUGAUUCAUCUGAACAUACCAAGCCGACUCUUCCCCUUUGUCCAUAGCCAAAAGUCAGUAGGUUGA